AUGUCCCAGUUUUCGCACCUGAAGCGAAAGCUUGGAAACACUAAUUGGUCCAAAAAUUCCCGCAGCCGCCGGAGAAGACGUAAAUUUCAGAAACCUGCGGGUGCCCGCAAAGAAAGUGAUAGUCUCAAGGACGACAACAACAAUAACAACAACAUAGCCAGUGUAACGUACGACGAAGAUGAAGAUGAUAUUGACUUGCAACAAAUUCUCUUCUACUCUGCACAGUUCCACUCAGGGAAAAAAUUAGGACCAUGUUCUGAUAAAGCUGCAGGUAAGAAAGUUCUAGAGCCGCAAUAUUCUGUUAUUUACGGUUCAAUUAGUAAGGUGAAUAGUAUACAUGAAAGGGGAGAAUCUUCAUGCACGUACUGUGAAAUAUGUGGCGAUGCCAAACCACCAAACACGUUGAUACAAGGCAGCAGUUGUCGGCAUUAUUAUUGUAAAGAAUGCAUAAGGAAUUAUAUAGCAGAAAAAAUAGACGAAGAUAUUAAUGAAGUUAAGUGCCCUGUUAAAAAUUGCAAGAGAAUUUUGGAUGUCGAGUCAUUGAUGCCGAAAGAUUUUCUCGUUCGUGUAGAAGAUGCGAUACGAGAAACGGAAGUUCUGGCUUCGCCAUGUGUUAUUGAAUGUCCUUUUUUGGAUUGUAUCGGGGAAUUGGUUGAUGAUAAAAAGGGAUUUUUGAUCAGGGCAUGUCCUGAGUGCCGGAGAAUUUUUUGCGCAGGUGGUGGAGAUAAUGUGUAG